GAGUAUAUCGUGGUGGUUGGCGAGUGUUGCGAUUAAUACCGACUGCACCCGCGAAUCGCAUUCCAAUCCCGCCGAUUCCCGUUCGCGUUUCUUCUCUCGUGGAAAGGAGAGAAAGAAGUGUCGCGUUAUGCGCGCGUACACGGUGCGCGUUUAUUAAACGAGGGGAAGAAAAAGCCAGCCAAGAAAGGGAGAGAUCGAAGGAGGAAAGGAUAAGAAUAAGAUAGACGGAAUAAGUGGAAGAAGAUCGAAAAGGAACAGGAGCAUUUCGAUCUCUUGAACGCGCGUGUAUCUGAACGUGUGCGUGUGUGUGCGUGUGUGUAUGUGGAAUAGAGUUACACGGUGCAGGUUGUUGGAGUGUUGCCCGUCUAUCCGACGAUGCACGCGUGUUAUCCGGUGUCUGUCAUCCAAUGCAGCGUGUCUUAACGAUCGAUUUUCGGGAUAAGAAAGAAAAGAGCGUGGCCUUUCCGGCACUGCACGUGCGCGCCGCCCUCUCUCUCUCCCUCUCUCGGCGGAUCCUCUUUUCGCAGCAGCAGCCGAGAGGCGUGAGUAAAACAACAGGGGCGAGCGCGUACCCUUGGACCUCGCUCGUGCAACACCACGUUCGGAUGCAACACCACCAGUCGCUUCCUCGCGCCUCUGACGCAAUUCAUCUCCCGCUGGCCGGAGAAUCGUCCAACGCAAUCGUUCUAGCCGCGUGAACGAUUAUAACGGCGAGCUUAAGUGUAGCGUCGAGAUUCGUCGUAAUAAAAAGUUGAGUUAAAUCGGAGAGAAGGAGAGAGUUUCACGUGGACGAUUCACCUGCUCUUUGAACACGAGACCAGUGUUGAUAUCGCGGUGGAAAAUUAUAGUUUAUCGGUAGAAGAGAAAAGUCGAGACUUGAUAGAGAACUUGAUGCAGAAAAAUACAUGGACGAUUUAUCGGCUAUCUUCAAUUCUUUUUAAUCAAUGAAUCAUCGAGUGACGUGUCAAUAUCCGUCAAAAUUAUCCGCGUAGAAUUCGUAGAAAGUGGAAACUUUCUCAGAUCUUGAUUAUAUACAUUCCUCUCUAAAAAUUGAGAUCAACGAAAUCUCCAAAUCUCGUUGAUCCAUCCGUUCUACAGUAGCCGCAAAGGAGAAGGAGAUUAUUAUCUCUGAACCGAGCAUUUAACCGCGCUCUCGUCAAAAAGUGGCGCGUAGAUCACUGCGAGGAAUCGAGCUGGAACUACUGGAACUCGUUUCUUACGCAUAUCGAAAUCCUGUGGGACCAGUGACCCGUGUUGCAAAGCGGAAAACCGGAGUGCGGGGCAUCCUUCUUUGAAUACCACACGACUGUUCCACUGAAAACGAUCCACACCAUCUUCAAUUCUCCUCUUUACGAGGGGACGCAGUUAAUCACGUACACUCAAGAAAACUGUACUCGUCUUCCAGCCAAGGAUAAUUGCCUGUUCGCUUUCACCGCAAGAGAAGAAGCGAGUCGACUCGAAGGGAAAAGAGAGAGAGAGAAAGGUUAUUCCGUGAUAAAUCUAAUAAUCGAGGUAACGGGCUGUGGCUGAUCGACCGAGGGUGCGUCCUCUUCUCGCGAAGGAGCGAUUCGCAGGAGGGAACGCGUUGUCUUCUGAAUUCCCAAAGAUCUUCGAGGAGAGGAAUGCUCGAUUUGGGUUUGGAGAUUCGAUCGACGUGAAUCGUCCUUCGAGAUAAAGCGUCAGACGUUGCAAAGUGGUGGAGAGUUGAUUCAUUCGUCCGGGGUUGGAGAGGAUUUUGAGGAGAGUUUCGGAAAAUUCGAAGAGUGAAAGAGUGUGGUAUAAGGGAAAGUACAAGUUGAUCGAAUUUCUAAUCGUCGUUCUCGUCUUUUUUUUUUGGAAAAGAGGAACACGGAGGAAAGAAUAAACGGACGAGAAUCGUGACGAUGUCGUUGAUGUGAAGAAUCGUGUUCGGUGAUUCGUUGUGUGGUUGCGUGAUUCUCCAGCGUUUCGUUGGAUCGUUUUAAAGACAAGGGAACAGGGAGGGAAAAAGCCGGCAAACUGGAUGCUCCAGACGGUGCCUCGCCUUCCGCGCCCCCGCCUGACAUUACUGUCACCCAGGAUGACCGCUUUGGCAAGCGGACGGGUGGCAGCGCCAGGAGACCCAACGAAUGCUUCGUCCUCGAGCCCUCCGAGAUGAUCGUGAUCGACUACCCGGAACUGCACGGAGGAAGGAUGCAUCGACCACCGCACCCUCAUCCCAUAACUGACCAUCGACAGGUCAAUUUGGUCUUCGAUGACACGUUUUCUCAAGGCCUGACAGGCAGGCCAGAGUUAUACCAAAAGUCCAACAGAAGCAGCCAUUCGAGUGACACAAGUUCAGCAUAUAGUGGUUCAGACACUAUGACAUCUGUACAAGGAUCAUUAGAUGCAGAUCCAGAUGCAGAUGAUGUUGAUCUAUCAGGACUUGUUGAAUCCAUAGUGGAUAGCGAUGAAGAAGAAGAUCUUGCGGAAAGCAUGGAUAGCUUGACUGUCCGUGAUCCUGUCAGAGAAUGUUUAGAAAAAGAUCCUAUGGAAAGGACAGAAGAUGAUAUAGAAACACUCUUAGAAUUCACACAACAAUUAAAGGCCUUUACAAAUAUGACUUUGGCAGUAAGAAGAGCGCUGUGCGCUGUGAUGGUGUUUGCUGUAGUUGAACGUGCUGGUAUGAUAGUUUUGAAUGAUGGAGAAGAAUUAGAUAGUUGGAGUGUGCUUAUAAAUGGUGCUGUGGAAAUUGAGCAUAGCAAUGGAGAAAUUGAACAACUGCACCUUGGUGACAGUUUUGGAAUUUUGCCCACUAUGGAAAGACUUUUGCAUAGAGGUGUUAUGAGAACAAAAUGUGAUGAUUGCCAGUUCGUUUGUGUUACUCAGGCAGAUUAUUUCAGAAUUCAACAUCAAGGAGAAGAAAAUACAAGGCGGCAUGAAGAAAAUGGGAGAGUAAUUCUAGUAACAGAGUUAAGAGGUGCUUUAGAUGGUGGAGCACGCAGGGGUCAUGUAGUUAUUCGCGGAACUCCUGAACGUUUAAUGUUGCAACUUAUCGAAGAAAACAGUAUUACCGAUCCUACUUAUAUAGAAGAUUUCUUAUUAACCCAUCGAACAUUUAUUGAUAGUCCCUUGUUAGUUGCAAGUCAAUUGUUAGAAUGGUUUGAUCAAGCACAAGUCAGAGAUAGAGUUGCUCGUGUAGUACUUCUUUGGGUAAAUAAUCAUUUCACUGAUUUUGAAACUGAUCCAGCUAUGAUGGAAUUUCUGGAAGCGUUUGAAGCUGGAUUAGAAAGAGAAAAAAUGCAAGGACAACAAAGAUUAUUAAAUAUCGCGUGUGCAGCAAAAGCGAGAACGCGGAAUGUAACAUUAGCAAGACCAACUAGGGACGAAGUCUUACAUUUUAGUAUUUUGGGGGGAUACGAAAGGGGUUUUGGUAUUUUUAUUUCAAAAGUGGAUAAAAAAUCAAAGGCUGAAGAUGUUGGUUUGAAACGUGGUGAUCAAAUUUUAGAAGUAAAUGGACAAAGUUUUGAACACGUGAAUCAUGCCAGAGCUCUUGAAAUUUUAAGGGGAUCUACUCAUCUCAGUAUAACUGUUAAAUCAAAUUUACUUGCGUUUAAAGAAAUGCUUCAGAUGCCAGAUGAUUCGCCAAGACCGCGGGGAAGAGCAAACAAAUCCGAAAUUUCAAGAUUACAAUCAGAUCCACGUGCGAGGUUGUCUACGCAUGUGGAUACAGUAACUCCAGUAAAUCCAUUGAAUCCUUUGGUGGGUGGUGUACCAUUAUUAAUUCCUGAUUCUAACGUUUCUCCGUGUAAAGACGCUAAAAAGGAACAUAAAGGAUUCAUGACUCUUGGACCCAAAAAGAAAUUACAAAAAGCUCUCAUAAAAAUGAAUAUACUGCCAAAGAAUACUAUUAAUGAUGGUGUACAUGUAGAUGAUCCUCUUGCACCUCCUCAUACACCACCGGGAACAGGAGGACUUGCACAAACUACUAAUCUUUAUCACUCGAAAAGUAAUCCUGACCUUACAUCAUUGUAUUGCUAUGAUGAUUUAAGGGCACCUGACUAUCCAGAACAUGUUCUAAAAGUUUAUAAAGCUGAUCAAACUUGUAAAUAUCUUCUUAUUCACAAAGAAACAACGGCACACGAGGUGGUGAUGCUUGCUCUUCAAGAAUUUGGUAUAACUGAAGGUAGUUCGAAUUUUUCUUUAGCUGAAGUUAGUGUUGGAGAAGGAGGUAUGAUUAAACAACGCAGGUUACCUGACCAAUUGCAAAAUCUUGCGGAACGAAUUGGUUUAAGUUCUCGAUAUUAUUUAAAAACUAAUGGUAUUUCGGAGACUUUUGUAGCAGACGAACAAGCGCCAGAACUCAUACGCGAAUCUCAGGUUCAUUUCUUACAAUUAAAUGCAGUUGAAGUUGCAAUUCAACUGACUCUACAAGAUUUCAGUAUAUUCAGGCAAAUUGAAUCUACGGAAUACGUGGAUGAUUUGUUCGAAUUAAAGAGUAGAUAUGGAGUGCCAAUGCUCAGGCAAUUUGCAGAACUAGUCAACAGAGAAAUGUUUUGGGUUGUGACAGAAGUUUGUUCUGAACACAAUCUUGUUCGACGUAGUAAAAUAAUAAAACAAUUUAUAAAAAUAGCAAGGCAGUGUAAAGAAUGUAAAAAUUUCAAUUCUAUGUUUGCAAUUGUAUCUGGUUUGGGUCAUGGAGCUGUAUCCAGAUUAAGAGCUUCUUGGGAAAAACUGCCAAGUAAAUAUCAAAGGCUAUUUAGUGAUCUUCAAGAAUUAAUGGAUCCUAGCCGUAAUAUGAGUAAAUAUCGACAAUUGGUAGCAUCUGAACAAACGCAACCUCCCAUAAUUCCAUUUUAUCCAGUAGUAAAGAAAGAUUUAACAUUUAUACAUCUUGGUAACGAUUCUAGAGUGGAAGGUUUGGUGAAUUUCGAAAAGCUGAGGAUGAUCGCAAAAGAAGUAAGAACGUUAACGAAUAUGUGUUCUUCGCCAUACGAUUUAUCGAUAAUGUUAGAAAGAGGUGGCCAACCACCUAGUUCUGCCAUGGUUGCGUUAAAUCAAAUGACAACUGGCAAUCAAGUGUUACAAUGUCCAGGAGGACAGACAGCUACGGUGAAAAGACGAAAAAAAUCUACCGCUGCACCGAAUCCGAAAAAAAUGUUUGAAGAAGCACAGAUGGUCCGAAGAGUGAAAGCAUACCUUGCCAAUAUGAAAGUAAUAACCGACGAGGAGCGGUUACACGCUUUGUCUGUGGAAUGUGAACCUCACGCGGGAGCUGCCGCAGUAGCUGCAGUACCUCUUAACGCGAGCAGAGGGAGGAGACAUCCUUCUCCUACUCUAUCGACUACAAGCAGUGCCAGCAGCACUAGCGAAGGUAGAAAGAGUAUACAAGGUACAAAGUUCGGAGCAGCAUCGCCACAAGCAGUGCGAAAAAUGUUGGCGCUUUCCGAUCCCCAUAAAACUCGUCCCUACCAACCAAAACACUGUCCACCGCCGCUUCCAGUACCGGGAUUGGCAUUACAUUCCAGCGGACUGGAGCCUAGUCCCGGUGCACCUAGGAGAGUAGGAUCUGGUAGCCGAGUUCCUAUGCAUGAGAGAUCCCAUAGCGAUACUCCUUCCAGUUUACCACCACCUGUCGAUCUCAGUGCUGAAAGUAGUAGCGUAACCAGCCUGAGCAAUCUUCAGCCAUUAAGAAAAACGUUGACCAGUGGUUCGGUGACGAGCAGUGACAGUGGUCACAGUACGCAACUGGACAGCCACAGCGGAAGCAGCGUAGAAGCUGGUGGUAGUCCACCGCCACCUCAAAGACGGCACUCCGCUAUGCAAGGGUCUGUUUUGAGAGGUGGCGCACCUCCGUUCCCUCACGCGGUAGCAGUGUUACCUCCGCUUCCUGCCAACCACAACCAGAACCACAACCACAAUCAUCAUCACCACCACCACCACCACCACCACCACCAUCACCACCAACAUUAUUACGAUCAUCACCAUCACCAACCCCAAAAUCCUCAAGGUACUACGGGAUUAGGCGUGGGCCUAGGAGUGCCGGCGGCUCUCCCACCCCCAGGAGCUGGGACUACGAUUAUGACGACCAUGACCACCAUGACCACCAUGACGUCGAUGACGACGAUGCGUCCAGGAAUCGGUAGCGCGCAGUGCCGUCAACCGCCCGCUUACAAAGUUGCCGCCCAGAUGGCAAGGUUGCACAGGCUUGGCCGUGCCCACAGCCACGAGGGUGUUACCUACAGGAACGACCAUGAAGAUGACGACGAAGAAUCAGCCCAAGUAUCAGCAGUUUAAAAUGGUUGACGAGAUAUGCGAGGAGGACUCAUCCCUAUUCUUCUUUUCCCACGACCAAGAGGAACAUGUUCGUCGUGCCACGUGUUGGACGAUUCCCUUAUCGAAAGGGAUCAAAAACGAUUCGCGCGAGACGUGCAACCCUCUUUCAAUCGGGUUCUCUCGUUUCACGAGGCAAAAAAACUGUCGGAUCGAGGAAUCCGCUCGAAGACCAACGGGGUGCACGCAAGAAAUGCAAAAAUAAAAUCGACGCACACGCACAGUGCUUUCAUGCCGGAGAGUUCUCGGCCUUCGUCAGGCCGGAUUUAAAGGAACUCUUUUGGAGAAGAACGCGUUUCGAGGAAGAGGAAUGAAGCGCUCGUCUUCCAGAACUAAUAAUAAUAAUAAAGAAAAUAAGAAGAAGGAGAAGGAGAAGAGAAAAGGGUGGAAAGAGAAGUUUUUUAGAAUCUCGAGCUACGCCCGUUUAGAAUUCUACGAGGGCACCAAAUAUAUAUAUAACGAGUAUGUAAUAUCUUGUUCAAAGAGUACUUUGAGGGAAAGCAAAGACGGAGAGAAAAGACAUACAGAUAAUAGGAUUAUAAUAUUACGUAUCAGACUGGAUGAGAAUUGGUUGGUCCGAUACGACGAACGAAAGGUGCCACGUCGAGUUUCACGUAGCGGCUACUCAGAGAGAGAAAGAGAGACUAGGCGCGAGAAAUUUACGGUCAUAAGUAAUAAUUCUCUAUAAAUGUGUAAUAAAUCGAGUCCAAAGAUGUUAUAUAUACCGCGUAAUCGUCGGAGGGAGUACGAGAAUGACAGCGUGUCCUGUAUUAUAUUACUUUUUAGGCUAAUCCCCGAACGCUCCAGAGUAGCUUAUAAGUAUACGUUUCUUUCUUUUUUUUUUUUUUUUUUUUUUUUUUUUUUUUUUUUUUUUUUUUAUGUACAUAGCGUGUAGCGUUUAAUGUAGCGUGUAAUACAAGCAAGAGUGAUGUGUGUGUCCUUAUGGGUUUAUAAUAAGUGCUGCGUGUA